UUGCGAAUGAUUAAUUGUCAACAAUCCAACUCUGUAGUUCAUUCUAUUGUUCAUUAUACGAUUACUGUUUGAAUUGCCUUCAAAUUGUGACCAAUAAUUAAGCAUGGACCACGUGUAGAAUAAAGUUCGUGCCGCAGUUUAAGGUUAUCGCCGCAGCACUGAACGAUGUUCUCCACCGCCAUUAAAGGGGUAGGACGUUAAGCACAUAAGUAGUCGUUUUUUCAACUAUUUUACAUACAAAUCACUAUCUCUGAUACUCCGAAACGACGUAAUUGUUUGUCUUCUGUCACUACAUCUUUUUUCCGUUCCAAAAACCUCUGUUUUCCAUUGAUUUUUUUGGGUUCUAAACUAUCUCUACUUAAAAGUUGCUUUAUCGAGCCGUUUACACGUCUUUCGUCUUAAUUUAAGUAUUUAGGCUUUCACGAAUGUGCAAUUAGCUCUGAGAUCCGAGUGAAUCGGCUCAAUUGGUCUUUGUGUAUUUUCUUCGAUAUUUUUUCAACCAUUCCAAGAAAGUAACGGUUGGCACCUUUCUUUCUGUCGAAUUCCUCGCAUUCAAGAUACUUCACACAAUUCUACACUUGUUUUGGAGAAAGAAACGUUUAUUUUGUUAAAGUGAAAGUUCGAUAUUUAUUAAUUUUUGGGCUGUGAUCAUCUCUAUAUGUCUGUUUGACAACGCUUGCCGACGGUUGUCCGUUGUUCGAACAUUCAUUUUAUACUAGCAGCAUUUUCUUCUUCUUUCCUGCUGCAUACCUAUCUGUGCUGUUUUACCCAUUACUGUUUGUCUCUGCUUGUCAUCACUGUAACAUUUUUGACAAUGGAUGUCAUCUUGGCCUUGGGACACUUCUGCGAAAUUGAAGGACCGUCUAUUAUGUUUUGUACGCAAAAGCUAUGUCCUAAUCAAGUUCCUGGUUUCGAUUGUUCCAGCUCUACCCAAAGUAGUGGUGUCUUGUCGAAGGAUGAUUUUGCUCCGACUAAUAUGUCGUCAAAUAGAUCUAUUCGGCAAGACUCUUCACUUGGGAGCAGCAGUGACUUUACGGUUUCGCCCGUUGCGGCAAAUGGUUACGAGCACUAUGAAGGUCAAAAGCUGAUAGCACAAGCCAAUGGAAAGUUAGAACAGCUCCACUUGUCUUCAAAUAAUGGUAACGACGAUCUUCGAAAUCAUGGCAGCCUUCCUGAAACGCAUAUCAAACCCAAUCCCCCCUCUCCUCUUCCUCCGUCUGAAGAUCAGCACAUACCUCUUCCCGUACGUCAACGGCCUCCUUUCCACACUCAUGCAUCUGUCCCUCUCUUCCCCUCCAGUCGUCCUAAGUCGUCUAGCUGUGCUUCAUGCAAUAUCGUACUUCCAGAAUGCUACGGACAUCUCGGCCCUUCUCCACGGUUGUGUUCUUGGUCAUCAUCUGGCGAAGAAGUACUUAUUUCCACACAGUAUCCCCAUAACCAGCUCCGAUACUCGUUGCUCCGACAAGCGGUUGUUCGGUGCUUGAGUUGUGAAUACGCACCUCCAUCCGACUCGACGAAUUCCCUCUCCUCACCCAUCUUUUUUGGUGACAAUGAGACAGGAUUUGUAUUGGCACAGCCAUUCACACUUCCCGAUCCCAUUGCUCGCGGCGGUCGCCGUCGCUACGUCUUUUUGGCACUUUCACCCCUAGAAGACGAACUUAUUGUCCGUUACCACUCUCUCACCAAACAACUUCUCCAACUCGCACUUGCUAUACGACAGAGCGCUUACGAACACGUGAAAGCCGAGUCUACGCCAUGCCACUCAUCGAAUCCAUCCGGGAGUUCCCUGCAAAGUGUCAGCAGCAAGCACCCUUCUUCAUCAACAACACCAAACGGAGGAAAGUUGAAGGAAGACACGUCUUCAAGCAUGCCGAAUGGCGGCGUGUCCGUACCACGGCGACUAGCUGAAGGCGCCAACCAUAAGUCUACAGCUUCGACAUCGUCGAAAACAUUCUGCAGCUUAAGCACUUUCAACUUUUUACGAAGGCGUGAUGAAGUUGGCGAAAAGAACUUUGCAGACGUUACAGGCCUGGAGAACAUCUUUAUAUCUAUCCACUGUGCAUUUUCUGCUAUGCUUGAUACCUGGUGAGUUAGAAAGGGUCCAUCUUAUGAUAAUACGUCUUUUUUCUUAUCAAUGAUCUAUGGAUGAUUUAUAUACAUAUAUAUAUAUACAUAACUUCACGUUUUUGAAUGCGUUAAAUUUUGUUUAUUUGUUCAUGAUAGGACUCUUUUAAUGUGUGAU